UUUCUUUCCUCCGCCUCAGGUUAGGGCGGGUGGGGAGAAUGGCUUCCGAAAUAGAGUCAUCUCUAGAGGCAAGCCUGUCCUCCAGCGGCGCAGUGUCGGGGACUUCAGGGUUUCUGCCGCCGGUCCGCUCCCGCAUCUUCAAAAUCAUCGUGAUCGGCGACUCCAAUGUGGGCAAGACGUGCCUGACCUACCGCUUUUGCGCCGGUCGCUUUCCUGACCGCACCGAGGCCACUAUCGGGGUGGACUUCCGAGAACGGGCUGUGGAGAUCGAUGGAGAGCGUAUCAAGAUCCAGUUAUGGGACACGGCAGGACAAGAGCGGUUCAGAAAGAGCAUGGUACAGCACUACUACCGAAAUGUUCAUGCUGUUGUCUUUGUGUAUGAUAUGACCAACAUGGCUAGUUUUCAUAGCCUGCCAUCUUGGAUAGAAGAAUGCAAACAACAUUUGCUAGCCAAUGACAUACCACGGAUUCUUGUUGGAAAUAAAUGUGACUUGAGAAGUGCCAUACAGGUACCCACAGACUUGGCACAGAAAUUUGCUGACACACACAGUAUGCCUUUGUUUGAAACCUCUGCUAAAAACCCUAAUGAUAAUGACCACGUGGAAGCUAUAUUUAUGACCUUGGCUCAUAAGCUUAAGAGCCACAAACCAUUAAUGCUUAGUCAACCUCCUGAUAACGGAUUUAACUUGAAGCCUGAACCAAAGCCUGCAGUGACAUGUUGGUGCUAA